AUGGCUGUAGCGGAAUCCGAUGUGACAUUGCUACGGAAGAUGGCUUAUGAUUUACUGGACCUUGAACCCUUGAAACCUGUUGCAGAGGGGAUAAGGACUGUUGGACUCUUGAUGGUGGAAAUUGCUGGCCAUAAUGCUCUGGUUGUUGAUGGGAUUGUAAAGGUUGCUGUGGCUGUGCAGAUGACAUGUGCUGUUGCUGUGAAGUUGUUGGUAGGGAAUGAUGCUGUGGUGGAAUAUGUGACCUUUGUUGCAAUGACGGAGAGUUCAUCUGAGGUCUAUAUGAAGGGGAAGGCAAUGGAGGCUUCCCUUGAGAUGCAGAUGACAACCACGGCUGAUUGGGGGACUGCAAACUUUGUGAUGUGUUUGGCACAGGUGAACCUGCAGUACCUACUGGUGGGGGUCUUAUAA